AAAUGUCACUUAAGGUGGGGCGCAUGUGGAGGCACAUCAUCUUCAUCUAUCGGACACUCUGUUGCAGUCCGUUAGGGUUACGGGUGACGGGUGACGAAGGGUGAUAUUGCAAGUGUGGUGAUCAUGUGGGUGAGGACUGUAAUCGCUGUGGCCUGUUUCGGCCUGGUAGUGACGGCUGGGUCUCGAUAUUCAUCAGAAGAAAGAUCUUACAGACGGAACUAUCCAUCGCGGCGGAGUCAAUGGAGAGAUCUUGCUGACGAAUACGACAGAGAUGAAGACAGAAGCCCACAAACACCGAGCAUUAAAUUUCCACUUCAAGCAAUACCUUAUGAAUUACCUAUAGGGGUUCGUGGUGCCAACUUACAGUUACUGGUACUCCCAAUACCAACGUCAGCACUCAAUCCUGGAGCUAGUCAGAAGUCAGAAUGUAAACUAACACCAGAACCCGAGGAACCACAAAUCGAUGUGAGAUGGGGUGCCCCAAGUAUAGCAUCAAGUCCGCCUGCUGGUAUUUUAUCAAGUCCGCCUGUUGGUAUUUUAUCAAGGCCAGCUGCUCCUAACACCAUGAAUAACAUACCAUUAAAAGCUACAAAUCGUGAUGAAGUUCCAAUCAAGGCACCUUCGUAUCCAUCGUACAUCAACGUAGAAAAAUUGGAUCAACCUGUGAGCCCACCGGAAAUUCCUCCUUCUGUGUCAUCGAAGGAAAUAUUAGAGCAAUUCCUUGCACAAGCGCCUCAAGCCCCUCAACUGCCACCUGUACUGUUAUCAGAAUAUGACAAAAGUGAACGUAUACCGCAUCCAGAAGAAGAGGAUAAUGAAAUGAAUUAUAACUUCAUAGAAGAAAGUGCAACAGUGCCAACCGUCAAAACUAGUUUGCCAUUUCAACAAAACAUUUACAGUCGAGGAAGAAAAGUUCAACCCCAACCAUCAAGGCCCCGUUUCUCACAAUCAGUGGUGAUACGAGGCGAACUUUUCGUCCCUAGAGCUGACUUCACAGAACCUUAUACAGCCUGGUGGGAUGCCUCGAGCGGAUCGUCCAAGGUUGACUUCCAUGGUGGAUCUACAAGCACAUACAGGACAGUGAUGGCCGACAAAAGGCUUCAGCGAUUGGAAAUGCGAGUGGAUCGCUCCGGAGAACGCGCUGUUCGUCGUUGUGGGAAAGCCUCCUCCUACCAAAACCAUCCCCUUGACAUCACUCAUCCCGCGUUACCAGACAUCGAUUUAUUUAACUUCGUUGGUUAUGAGCCUGACGGGCGUGUGGAGCGUUGGCAGCACACAGUCGUUGGUCGAGAAGGAGAGCUUGGUGCUAUUCAAGGGGAGUCCCUUAGUCUAAAACAUGACCUGCUUCUCAUACGUGAUCCUGAAGACAAAGCAACGCCUAUACUUUACACAGUGUCAGUGAACAGUUCUAUCCUUGGUCCAAACGCUGACAGCUAUGAGCAUCGUUAUUUGGAUGUACGUCGCCACGAACAGAACGCUGAUUUCUUCAUACCAAAAAUAAAUGAUCUAUGUGACACUGUUGAAUUGUUGAAUGUUUCUCUACCGAAUCAUUUAUCUCGCCUCGAACCUCUGAGGGAAUACAUACAACCUCAUCGCGACCAGAAAUACGAGGCGGCGAUACGAGAUUUCAAGGUGAAAUACAACCGUCGUUACAUAGACAGCUCCGAAGAAGCUGUGAGAACGACGUUACUUAUGCAGCACAAGCGUUUCAUUUCAUCCGGUAACCGAGAGGGGGCCACCUUCGAGCUAGGGGUGAACUUUCUAGGAGACAGGCUGGACAACGAGCUGGGACAACUGCGCGGCGUGAAGCUAGAGGAGGAAAGAACGCAAGCGGAGCAAUUCCCUCAUUCAAGAAGUAUGCUGAGAAAGGAAAGCGCUAAACUACCCGAUAAUUUCGACUGGAGGGUUAAAGGCGGAGUCUCACCUGUAGGAUUCCAGGGUAAGUGUUCAUCGUGUUGGUCGUUCGCGGUAUCUGGUGCUGUGGAAGGGGCGCUGUUCGCAAGGACCGGCAAGCUCGUGCCCCUCUCACAACAAUGCCUCGUGGAUUGUGCACAUCCAUUUGGAGGCAAAGGUUGCAAAGGCACUUGGCCAAGCCAUGCGUAUGACUACGUCAAAAACCGGGGUCUGCCUGCCCUCGACGAGUACCCAUCAUAUAAAGCGAAGGUCGAACAAUGCGCAGAAAAAUCAGUUCGUCCCGUAACACGUAUUAGUGGACACGUUAACGUUACCGAAAAUAGCCUUUCAGCUCUUAAGGUGGCCAUACGAGACCACGCGCCCACCGUGGUCAUCGUUGACGCGAAACUCAAGAGCUUUGUGUUUUACAAGCAUGGAGUCUUCUAUGACGACAGAUGCGGUAAGACGCGUCCGCGUUUGAAUCACGCUGUGUUAGCUGUGGGUUGGGGAGACCAGAAUGAAGAGCACUUUAUCCUGAAGAACUCCUGGUCGGAGUCGUGGGGCGAGCGCGGCUUCAUGCGAAUACACGCAAGGUCCAACACAUGCGGUGUACUCACCAGACCCAGCUACCCUCGUCUUGAAGACAGUGACGUCCUAAAACUGCCCGGACGUCCCUCAGCCAAGGACGUCCGCCAGUGAUGCGAAUGUACCAAAUGAUUGUUUAAAGAUUUAAGUCAAAUUUAUUGAGACUAAAGAUAUUAUUUAAUAAAGAUGGUGUCUUUGAUGUUUUAUUAA